AUGAUCAAGUAUACCGAAGAGCAAUUAUUCGAAGUUCAAGAACAAGCUUAUAACCCCAAACCAGAAAUUUUGGAUGCUUUCAAUGCAUUAGUUGAAUCGGUAAGAGAACACAAUGAAUUGAAGGCUGCUUUCAAGAGAAGUAACGGGGAUACUUAUAUUGAUGAACACGGUAAUGAAAGAUCUUACCGUCACAUGAAUAGAAGAAGACCAUCUCGUACUGGGGUUAAUCCAAAUUUGAAGAAAAAACCAGCUGAAGUUGUUAAAGUUGACGAGGAUGGAUGGGCAACUUUCACUAAGGCCAAAAAAUCUUUUGGUGCUGAAGAUGGAACUGACGAAAGAGAUCAAUUCAGGGAAAGUGUUAAAGACAGUGGUGCUGCAGUUAAAAUCAAACCAAAUAAUAAAAACUUGGGUUCUUCUAAAGCCGUUGAUCCAAGAGACGCAAUUGCUGAUAAGCAAACAACUACUUUCAAUGCUUUUGAAGCUUUAGGUGCUGAUGAUGACGACGAAUAA